UGUGCUGCGGGCGAGGAGGUAUGGCCUCACAGCUGCAGGUGUUUUCCCCUCCGUCAGUAUCCUCGAGUGCCUUCUGCAGUGCCAAGAAACUGAAAGUGGAGCCCUCUGUCUGGGAUGUUUCAGGACAGAGCAGUAGUGACAAGUAUUAUACCCACAGCAAAAACCUCCCAGCAGCUCAAGGGCAAACAAGCUCUUCUCAUCAGGUAGCCAACUUCAGUGUCCCUGCAUACGACCAGAACCUCCUUCUCCCCGCUCCUUCGGUUGAGCACAUUGUGGUUACAGCAGCUGACAGCACGGGCAGCAGUGCGACAGCAUCCUUUCAGAACAGCCAAACCCUAACGCAUAGGACCAACCUUUCUUUACUGGAACCAUACCAAAAAUGUGGAUUAAAAAGGAAAAGUGAAGAGGUAGACAGCAACGGUAGUGUGCAGAUAAUUGAGGAACAUCCACCUCUCAUGCUGCAAAACAGACCUGCGGUGGGUGCUGCGGCCACGACCACCACGGUAACCACAAAGAGCAACAGUUCCAGUGGAGAAGGGGAUUAUCAGCUGGUCCAGCAUGAGAUCCUGUGCUCUAUGACAAACAGCUAUGAGGUCUUGGAAUUCCUGGGCCGUGGGACGUUUGGGCAGGUGGCAAAGUGCUGGAAGCGUAGCACGAAGGAGAUUGUAGCCAUCAAAAUCCUGAAGAACCAUCCUUCCUACGCCAGGCAGGGCCAGAUAGAGGUGAGCAUCCUCUCUCGCCUGAGCAGUGAGAAUGCAGAUGAAUAUAACUUCGUUCGCUCCUAUGAAUGCUUUCAACACAAGAAUCAUACAUGCCUUGUAUUUGAGAUGCUAGAACAGAACUUAUAUGAUUUCUUAAAACAAAACAAAUUCAGCCCGUUGCCCCUGAAAUACAUCCGGCCAAUUCUACAGCAAGUGGCUACUGCAUUGAUGAAGUUAAAGAGCUUGGGUCUGAUACAUGCUGAUUUGAAGCCGGAAAACAUUAUGUUGGUGGAUCCUGCACGCCAGCCCUACAGAGUGAAGGUGAUAGACUUUGGUUCAGCCAGCCACGUAUCCAAAGCUGUUUGCUCCACUUACUUGCAGUCACGCUAUUACAGGGCUCCUGAGAUCAUCCUGGGCUUACCGUUCUGUGAAGCUAUUGACAUGUGGUCGCUGGGCUGUGUGAUAGCUGAGCUGUUUCUGGGCUGGCCUCUGUAUCCAGGAGCCUCUGAAUAUGAUCAGAUUCGUUAUAUUUCACAAACUCAAGGCCUUCCAGCGGAGUAUCUUCUCAGUGCAGGAACGAAAACAAGCAGGUUUUUUAACAGAGAUCCAAAUUUGGGAUACCCACUGUGGAGGCUAAAGACCCCAGAAGAACAUGAGUUGGAGACAGGAAUAAAAUCAAAAGAAGCAAGGAAAUAUAUAUUCAACUGUUUGGAUGAUAUGGCGCAGGUGAAUAUGUCUACAGACUUAGAAGGGACUGACAUGUUGGCAGAGAAGGCUGACCGAAGGGAGUAUAUUGAUUUGUUGAAGAAAAUGUUGACUAUUGAUGCAGAUAAGAGAAUUACUCCGCUGAAGACUUUGAACCAUCCAUUUGUUACAAUGACCCAUCUUCUGGAUUUCCCACACAGUAAUCACGUGAAAUCCUGCUUUCAGAACAUGGAGAUUUGCAAGCGAAGAGUUAAUAUGUAUGAUACAGUGAAUCAGAUUAAGAGCCCAUUCACGACUCACGUUGCUCCUAAUACAAGCACAAAUCUGACAAUGAGCUUUAACAACCAGCUCAAUACAGUACACAACCAGGCCAGUGUGUUGGCUUCCAAUUCUACUGCUGCUGCUACUCUUUCCCUGGCAAACUCGGAUGUCUCCUUGCUAAACUAUCAGUCUGCUCUCUAUCCAUCAUCUGCAGCACCAGUUGCAGGUGUGGCACAACAGAGUGUCUCCUUGCAACCUGGAACCACCCAGAUCUGCACGCAGACUGACCCAUUCCAGCAGACAUUCAUUGUUUGUCCCCCUGCUUUCCAAACUGGACUUCAGGCAACUACAAAGCAUUCCGGGUUCCCAGUAAGGAUGGAGAAUGCUGUCCCAAUUGUACCACAAGCACCUGCAGCACAGCCACUGCAGAUCCAAUCUGGAGUUCUCACACAGGGAAGCUGUACACCACUAAUGGUAGCAACUCUUCAUCCUCAAGUAGCCACCAUCACGCCGCAGUAUGCGGUCCCCUUUACUCUGAACUGCGCAGCCGGCCGGCCAGCGCUAGUAGAACAGACGGCUGCAGUACUGCAGGCCUGGCCUGGGGGAACCCAGCAGAUACUGCUUCCUUCCACCUGGCAGCAGCUCCCAGGGGUUGCCUUGCACAAUUCUGUUCAGCCAGCAGCUGUGAUUCCAGAGACCAUUGGCAGCAGCCAGCAAUUGGCUGACUGGAGGAAUGCACAUUCCCAUGGAAAUCAGUACAGCACCCUCAUGCAGCAGCCAUCGUUACUGACCAACCACGUGACGUUGGCUGCAGCGCAGCCUCUGAAUGUUGGAGUUGCUCAUGUUGUUAGGCAGCAGCAAAGCAGCAAUGUUCCAGCAAAGAAGAACAAGCAGCCAGCACCAAGCACAGCCAAAUCCAGCUCCACUCUAGAAACUGUGCCCACUCAAGUUUACUCUCUCAUUGGGAGCAGUCCUCUGCGUUCCACAUCCUCCUCCUCCAAUGUGCUCGUCCCAGUGCAGGAGCAGCACCAGCCCAUUGUGAUCCCAGACACUCCAAGCCCUCCCGUCAGCGUCAUCACCAUCCGCAGUGACACUGAUGAGGAAGAGGACAGCAAAUACAAACCUGCCAGUUUGGGUAUGAAGCAGAGAUCCAAUGUCAUCAGCUACGUUACUGUUAAUGAUUCCCCUGAUUCCGACUCCUCCCUGAACAGCCCCUAUGCCACAGACCCACUUUCUUCUCUCAGGAGUACGGGUGGUGCCCUGGAGCUGCCAAGCAGAGGAGCAGCUGACAGCUCCAGCUCUCGGACUAUCAUUGUGCCACCAUUGAAAACACAGCUCAAUGACUGCAUUGUAGCUACCCAAGCUUCAGGCAUCCUGAGCAGCACCAGUAAGACCAAGCCUGUGGCUUCUGUGAGCGGGCAGUCAUCAGGAUGCUGUAUAACACCAACUGGGUACCGACCACACCGCGUGGUAACAAACGGUGUGCAGCCUCUCAAUCUCAGCCAGAACCAGCAAACUACAGUGCUGGCCUCACAGGAGAGAAGCGGAAAUGCAGUCCCACGUAGGCAGCAAGCUUACGUGGCACCCCUCACAUCAACUAUUUCUCAGGCUCCCUACACGUUUCAACACAGCAGCCCAGUGCAUCCCCACCUGGCAGCGGCGACUGCAAACGCACACCUGUCCAGCCAGCCACAUAUGUACACUUAUGCUCCAACUACUGCUGCAACGUUGGGCUCCACCACCUCCAUCGCCCAUCUCUUCUCCCCUCAGGGCUCCUCACGGCACACCCAGUACGCUGCCCACCCCAGCACACUUGUCCACCAGGUCCCUGUGAGUGUUGGUCCGAGUCUGCUGACUUCUGCAAAUGUUCCACCUGCCCAGUACCAACACCAGUUUGCUCCCCAGUCCUAUAUUGGUGCUUCCAGAGGAUCUGCUAUUUACACUGGAUAUCCGCUGAGCCCUACAAAGAUCAACCAGUACUCAUACUUAUAGUUCUUGGUAGAGCAAUUCCUGUCCUGCAACAGGCUGGAGCGAUUGGAGAAAGAUUUCAGGUGAAUCUUUACCUGGUAAUGACUGCCUGGUUUUUGUUUCUCCCUUCUCUGGUUGUAUGUUGUUCAAAAAUGUCUCUAGUGAGUUCAGUCACUAACCGAGCAGCAUGCUUUGUUACCAGUGCAAGGGUCACUAAUUAAGUUUUUAAAAUUUUACUUACUUUUUAUAGAUUCACUGUGCUUUUAAAAAUUCAUGGUCACAUUUAUUUAAAAUUGUUCUGUUGUGCUAAUGGAAAGAGGAGGGAGGAUCAGCGUCUCAGAAGUAGAUCCUGAUGAUUUUUUUAACUUGUAUAAUUUAAGCAAGAAGAUCAGCAGAUAAUUUUUCAGCAGCUUGCACAGAUCCAUAUUGCCACUAAAAAUGUAAUGCACGUUUAUCUCUUUGUGUUGCCAGGGCAGUUCUAACAUCCAGUUGAGUGUUUUAACUUUUGUUCCCUAUUUCACUUCAACAACUUGCUGGUUUUGAAAAGCCAUUACAUCUCUUUGCGUUUCUGUCCAAGGUUUUGUUUACAUCUCUGCUUUGUUUUUAAUGCUGGGAGGGGCAGCUGCCUUGUCCUGGCCACAUCAUAUAUUCAGGAAUCAACAACAACUCAACAGGAACCCUGGAAUCUCUUUUGUUUUCCUGAAAAUCCUUUGUUUCCAUAACACAGCUGAAUUAUUAUCGCAUUCAUUGGAGAAUUCCUUUAGGUUUUUCAAACAGUUUUUGAGGUCGCACUGUGUAACAGAACUCAACACCUUAAUGAGGAUGCUGUCGUGUUCAGUUGAGAAUGAAUUGUGCCACACUGCUCUAACACCUGCAUUCUGCAGCGUUAGGUGCUGGCCCAGUAACAGAGCUGGAUGCCUUCACAGAAGCGCAGGGCUUUUUGGUUCUGUUGGGUUUUUUUUUUUUUCCUUAAUAUUUUUCUUUACGUGAUUCAUUUAUGAGGGAGCUGAACAAUUUGAAAUACAAUGAAACAUCACUGUAUUGGUGUGUACAGCUUUUUAUACUCCUGUGACCAUAUCCUCCUGGAUAUGCCAACAGCUUCCUUAAAGCGCUCUUAUUCAGACUUGUAUACAGUACGUGCAUGUAGGAAUUGCAAAAAAAAAAA